UCCGGCUUGCCCUUCUCCGCAAGCAGCAGCAGCAACUCCGGCGAAAUCCCCGGCCGCCGCCGCCCGCCGCCCGCCGCCGCGAUGAACGCGUCGCAGUUCAUGGACAAGCAGAUCCUCGGCCUCGCCGCCUUGGGCGCCGCCGCUUCGUCGUCCCCUCCCGCGGCGGGAGGAGGAGGAGGAGGAGGGGGCGGGCUGUUCGAUCUGAUGAGCCCCGACCCGCAGGUGGAGGCCGACGGCCCCGCGCGCCGCGCCGACGAGGUGGUGCCCAGCUACGACUUCCAGCCCAUCCGCACUCUCGCUGCCGCCGCCCCCGCGCCCGCGCCCGCUGCCGCGCCGGCGUCCGCGGCGAGCGACUGGGGUUCGCUCGACUCCAAGGCGGCGUCCUCCAGCCUCAAGAGUGCUGGCAUAAUGGAGUCGCAUGUGCUCAAGAAGGUUAAUCAUGAAGAUGAAAGGAGCAACCUCAGUGCAGUCUCAAUAGCAGAUAUUGACCGCACAAUGAAGAAAUAUGCUGAUAACCUGCUACAUGCACUGGAAGGUGUAAGCUCAAGGCUAUCACAGCUAGAGGGCAGAACACACCAUCUUGAGAACUCUGUUGGUGAAUUGAAGCUAACAAUUGGUAACUACAAUGGCAGCACUGAUGGAAAACUGAGACAAUUUGAGAACACACUGCGUGAGGUUCAAGCCGGUGUUCAGAUUUUGCGUGACAAGCAAGAAAUUAUGGAGACGCAGGUCCAACUUUCAAAGCUCCAAGUCUCAAAAGCAGAGGAUGCUCAAUCGGAAAAUGCUGGUGUUGGUCAGGCAGAUUCAAGGCAGCAGCCAACUCUGCCCCAACCUCAGCAUCAAGCCCCUCCCCCUUCCCAACCACUGGCAUUGCCUGCCCUUCCUGCUCCAAAUGCACCGCCGCCACCUGCAAUCCACAAUCAACCUCCAUCACAAUUCCCAGGACAUUUACCACAUUCCCAGGUGCAAUCAGUCCCGCCUGCUCCACCAACUCCAUUAGCACCAACCAUUCCACAGGAGUCUUACUAUCCCCCAUCAACAGUACAGCCAACUGACUCCACACACCAGCAGUAUCAAGCUCCACCCGCUCCACAGUCACAGGCACCUCCAGCACCACCACAGCAUUAUCAAGCACCACCUCAGUAUGCUCAGUAUUCUCAGCCUCCUGCGAGUGCUAACCCCUCAACUGCAGUCCCACCAUCAGUGCCUCAGAAGCCUGAAGAAGCAGCAGCACCGUAUGGGCCACCUUCUCAGGGUUAUCCUCCAAAUGUGCGCCCACCACCUCCUUAUAUGCCGCCACCUAGCGGACCUGCACCUCCCUUCUAUGGUCCAAACCCUGGCAUGUAUGAGCCUCCAGCAGUCCGGCCUAACUCCGGGCCACCUCCAUCCUACAACACUGGAUACAAACAACAGGGUGGAGGCGGUUUCUCUGAGCAGUAUGGUUACAGUUCAUCUCCAUCUCACCGUGGCAAUGCUGGAAUGAAGUCGCCCUCACCCUUUACCCCGACAGGCGCCUCCUCCGGGGCAAGUGGCAACUACGGCAGGCUCCCUACAGCCCAAAUGCUGCCCCAGGCUGCACCAGUGAGCUCCACUCCAGGUGCCUCCUCAGGUAACAGGGUGCCGAUCGAUGAUGUGGUGGACAAGGUCGCCACGAUGGGGUUCUCAAGGGAGGAGGUGAGAGCGGCUGUUCGCCAGCUGACCGAGAGCGGUCAGAAUGUCGACCUGAACGUGGUGCUUGAUAAGCUGAUGAACGGCUCCUCCGAUGCCCAGCCCCAGAGAGGCUGGCACGGGCGUUAAACCCAGCUGCUAUCCAGGGCCAUGGCAUCAAAUCAACCUGUGCAUAUUAUUGGACAUCCACGGAUUCAUUUUGUGCAUUCACAUGAACAUCAGGUUCGGAAUUCAUAUUGUCGAUUUGGUGAGGAACGGACCGAGUCUGCUUAAUUUGCUUAAAGCUAGUGUUCUUUUA